CUCUCUCUCUCUCUCUCUCUCAAGCGGCUCUGGGGACGCGCGCGAGUAAAUCUUGGAUCGGAGCGAGAUCGGCGGCGCGCACCACCGUCGUCGUCCAUUAACGUUACGCGCGUAAUCGUGCAGCGUCGCGAGAAGCGGUAUUUGCGCGAGCAAUGGCGCGAUCGUGUCGCGCCGUGGAGUCGACGACGUGUGCAUCGCAUAGAUGAUACAUCGGUGGCGGAGUCCUGUGGUAUGGUGGUAUUUAUCACGAGGUCGCGCGAGAGGAUCUACCAUCCGCGUUAUCACGACGGUGCAACGAGUAGCUCGACGACGGAUCUCGGACGCGAGCCGCGUCGUGAGCCGCCAUGAGACGCAUCAGCGAAAUGCCAGUUGUGUUGAUGGUGUCGAGAUGACGGUCUUCAAUGUCGAAUCACGAAAACGAGAUUAAAUUGCGACGACAACGAUUCCCCAUGUGCUUCAAGAUAGAUCGUUGCUCAGGCUAACUGGAUGAACGCGCCGUGCACUCUACAUUUCUACACGUAGAGGUGUCGCGACGGAAGCGCGGAGGUUGAUCGAGCUUAAGCUUGAGAAGAAGGGUCACGCUUUGGGCACGAGACGAAGUUGUAAAUGGCGAUCACCGCCGUAACCAACUGCCUGGGUCCCCCACCCUUGCCACCUGGCAAGCGAUUUCUGCAAAAGUCAUCGAAAAAGCUGUCGUCCACUUACACGAGUUUCCGCGAUCCCGCCUUAGAAGCUUGGCUACCUCGCGGGAUCCUCGAGAGCUCAACGGGGAGGAAAGUGCGUCUGGGCGAAGCAACCGCGGUCGCUACUAAGCAAGGUUUAUUCAAAAGUUGCUCCGAAGGCAAUCUAUUCGCGCGUGAAACGCGCUACGUCACGUCUCUGGACAAGUGCAUCAGGGCGAUCUAUGGGAGCUGGAAAAAUCUCUUGCAUCUUGGCGGUAUGAGCCGGCCGUCCAAAGCCGUGACCCAAGCGAAGAAAGUAGCACCACCGGCUGUACCAGACGUGUUUCGACACUCUGGUUCCUCUUUUGGCUCGGCUGGAUAUGCUAGCAGCGAGGAUAGCUGCUUCCUCUCCGGAAGCGGCCCUGGAGGUACGACGGACGAUGGUUCCUACGGGAUGCCAUCUGGAAAAAGUCCGGGACCUAUUUUUACCCAUCCUGGCUUCGCCUUCCCGCCGGUCGUCGGCAAAUACGCCCACGCCGAAGACCAAGGUAUCGACAUGACCCAGAGUCCCGGAAGAGAUAGUCCAGGUAGCUCGGGUUCGGGUUCCGGUUCUAGACAUUCUACGGCGUCAUUGGAUUCCGGAAGGGCGUCCGGAUAUCAUCUGGGACCCAGAGGACCCGGUGCUCUCGCCUCCUCUCCAAGGUGCUCCAUUAGCUCUCUCGGAAGUCAUCCCGACCGACCGGCGGAUCUCGAUGUUGUUCACGCUUGGUUAACCGAACUUCAAUUCGAGGAGUACUUUCCCUUGUUCGCUUCCGCAGGUUACGAUCUUGCCACUAUAACGCGCAUGACACCGGAGGAUCUUACAGCUAUAGGUAUUACGAAACCCAAUCACAGAAAGCGAUUGAAAGUGGAGAUAGACAAUUUGAAUAUAGGAGAUGGACUGCCGGAACACAUACCCGGCUCACUGGAAGAAUGGCUGAGGCUUCUCAGGCUCGAAGAAUAUCUCGGUGCUCUUCAUCAACAGGGUAUGCGAUCCGUCGAAGACGUGACGACUAUCACUUGGGAAGAUCUCGAAGACAUCGGUAUCGUACGUCUAGGACAUCAAAAGAAAUUAUUAUUGGCGAUUAAGAGAGUUAAGGACAUUCGCGCUGGCAAGCGUAUACAGCCGCUUGAUCUAGCACGCCUGCCGCCACAUCCUGGUCACACGCAGGACGUUGUUAUUCAACGUGGCGGGCCCGAUUUACCAUCGCCCGACGAGGAUUGCUCCUCGCCCGUACUCCGAUCUUUUCAAAGAGGCGGAAGCGACAGCGCUUCCGGCGCCGCUUGGAGAAGUAUGUACGCCGCGCUUCCAGUCGAUUACAAUACGGUCGGCCGUACUGGCUCCCGGGGAAAAUCGUUGGAGAGCUUGGAGGAUGCCCCUCUCGGUUAUCCUCCGUCACCGGCGCCUCCCUCGCAUCCUCAACUUCUCGAUUGGCGUCCACGUAGUUUCGAGGACGGCGACCUUACGCCUACGAACGAUGCUUCCGCGGUGGAUGCAGGUGGUGGCGGCGGUGGCGGUGGCGGCGGCGGCGGCGGCGGCACUCUACCACGACCGAGACAUUGUCUUGUUCGUCCGCGGCCUGUAGCCAAGGUCACCGCGACACCGGGUCAAUUCAAAUCCUUGCCGAGAGACUUCGACAACAAGUAUCAAUUAACUUACGGGCUUGAGAGUAGUCCGCACCUUCCAAAGCGAUGUCCUCCAUCGCCACCAAGGCGACAGAGUUCCAGAGACGCGACCGGCUCUUCCGUGGUGGGUGUAGCUGGCUCCGCAGUCGGUGACGUCGUGAUAGACUGCAGCGGGCCAGUGCCGACUGCUACGUGCGACGAUCAUCACAUUCACCAGCAUCAUCAUCAGCAUCACCAUUUGCUUCGUCAUCCGCCGCCGCCACCGCCGGCACCCACACCGGCACCUUCCACACCACCGCAACUCAAUCGGCCGCCUUCCUCCAUAUCACGCUCCUGGGGCAGCGUCAGUGUCAACGUUAACGAGGAGCACGAGCUAAUCGCUUCUCUCGCUUUACAGCAUCGUAACGGAUCGGACGCCAGUUUCAAGUCAAGUUCCAGUACCGAAUCGGACUCGUUGCCCUUCGCUAAUGAGAAUGCUGGCACGAUAAAACAAAGGGCUGGUCGAGCGCAAGAAUACGUGCCAGCCGGACCGAAUAGCGCUAUCAGCGGCCACGUAGUCAAUCAUCAUUCCAGUGGGAGUGAACCCGCGGACGUUUUAAACGAUAUCGGAAAUAUGCUUGCCAACCUCACGGACGAAUUGGAUGCCAUGCUCGAAGAGGAGAAACGUCAAGGCCUGAACUCAUAAUCGUCACUGCCUUCGUUUGCACUUUUUUAAUUGACUAAAGUUGCCAUAAAGAACGCAAACCAUGUCCAGUGACUUUUGUCUCUGACACAUGGGACAAAGACUCGAUUAGUGCGACGUACAUGAUAGUCGUGUACGCAGUGUAGAAGCGUUCCAAACGGAAUCCUAAAUAAUCGGGCACGAGUUGCGUAAGAGCCCGAUAAAUGUCUAAUCCUAGCGAUCCUAGGAACUUUCAAAGCUGUGUGUGUGUGUGUGUGUGUGUGUGUGUGUGUGUGUGUGUGUGUGUGUGUGUGUGUGUGUGUGUGUGUGUGUGUGUGUGUGUGUGUGUCCAUCUUGAAAGUUCCUAGGACACGCACACUCCACGCACCGCACACUCGUUACGUUUCUUCCUGAAGAAAAAAGACUUGACGAAUAACGUGUUGAAUAACAUCGCUCUAAUGGAUGGUAAUAUUCUGUUUCGUAUUGUACAGAUUACAGUUCGUACAUAGAACGUAUUCUCGCGCCUUUUAUACUUUGGUCCGAUCGCUCUCCUCUCUUUAUCCAAAAUAGAAAGCGAAAGCUUUGCUCUUGGAAAAUGGAAACGCAGAAUAUCAAGCGUGUAAGAUUUUCCGUAAGACUUCCAGACAGAUACAGUUGCAGCGCUCUUACAACGGCACUGCGCAACGCUCGAACGUUUUCUACUUCUUUCAAAGUAGUCGUAGUAUUGAUAUCCUCUUCUCUAUCCUUUUUUCCUUUUCGCUUUUUCCCUUCUUUCUUUUUUUCCUUUUGUAAGACGGAUAUGAUCACUAACGAAUGACGACAAAACUUACUAUUAUCUAUUUUGCGCAUGAUAAGUUUUACAAUCUAUAUAUGAAAUAUUGACGUGGCAAGGGGAGGGGGGGGGGGAAUCAAUUUCUUUAUAAGUAAGAGUUGCUUGUAAAUUGUAAAUGUAUAAUCUAUAUGAUUUAUGUACCGUCUACGAAACAUACUGUAAACUAUUCGGAAAGAAGCAGACGUAUCUUUUUUUCGUAAAAAGUGGUUUACAUUUGUAAGAUAUGAAAUAUCUCUCUCUCUCUCUCUCUCUCUCUCUCUCUCUCUCUCUCUCUCUCUCUCUUUCUGUAACACAAGUUCCUUUUCUUCUCUUUAAAAUUUUCGUUUCUGUCGACGUACUUACGUCAAUCUACAUUCCACUUACACGCUAUUUUUCAUUUCCGUCCUUCGUUAAAUCGAUAGUACGAUAAAGAUCGGAAUUUUUUAUUCACGAUUAUGUCACUCUUUGUUACAUAUAUGGAUAAUUGUAUCUUAUCGUCCAAAUGAAACAGCUCCGAACAGUUCCAUUAGAAAAAUUAGAGAUAUUUGUAGAGAUGUUAGAUGAUUACAAUGAUGGAAAAUAAUUAAGAUCUCCUUGCCUAUAUCGUGAUACGUGUGAUGCUUUUACGGAAGAUAUCACAAGAUGAACAAUGCCUUCCCUUCUAACGAGAGUUCUGUAAGAAACGCUAUCAAUCGCCGCGCAGAUAAAAUUUCAAUGCAAUACGAUUUAGUACAGAAGCACACGAAUAAUAUGUAUGCCAAUUAACAUUUUGUAUUAUUAUCCGUACUAAUGGAUAUAGAGACAUACAUAAUUCACUAUUAUUAUAUGAUAUACAUCCAGAUGCGUGAUUCAUUUGGAGAGUAUUCAUAUGUAUUAAAUCAAAGUAAUGAUAGUUAUAGGGUGGGGGAGGGGAGAAGAAAAAGGGGACGGAGCAUAGGGAAGAAGAUGAGUAACCGAGUCUUCAUUGAGAAUGGUGUUUCACUGGUACGUUGCAAGCUUUGAAUGUAGUGUUUUGCAAGAGACUUUUAUAAGAGGUACUUUAUAUAUAGCACAGAAAACAUUUUUUAUCCAUCCUCGCAGAAUCACGUUGCCAGAGAAACUUUUCAACAAGGAUUCAGGAAAUAAUAUCGCACAAAUCUCGUCUGACACUUUUAAUACUCCAUGAUAGCUGGCGAAGAUAUGCAUAUGCAUGCAAUAUACAUCUAAAGAUAUUUAUAUUAAUUUGUUAUAUAUAAUUAAUAUUUCAUUCACAAGUUACUUCCACCUUCACGUUAAAAGAUCACUGUACGUACCAGUUUGAACAAAACGCAAAAUGCAUAUUUUAUGGUGAAAUAUAUAA